AUGGCUCGCAAGAGGCGGACUGAAGGAGAGGCGGCUGCUGCAGCCGGCGGCGCCGCGCCCGCUGCUAGUAGGAAAGGACAGCCUGUGGACAGUGCCUCCAAACCCAGUGACGCAGCCUCGAGCAAUGCCUCCAAAGCAAGCCCUGCUCAUGCGCAGGGCAAGCAGAGUAGGCAGGGAGGGGAGGCCGCGUCUCGCCAGGGAGUUGCGGCGCCCACGGCCGCUGCUGUAGAGGGAGAAGCUUGUGCUUCGGUUUCGGCGGGGUCACCCAAGAGCGGCAUGCCCGCUGCAAAGGAGGUCGUGAAGCAUCCAGAAGCCGCUGAUGGGAGUGAGGACAGCUCGCCGGGGUCUGGGAUGCUGCAGCGCCGCGAAAUCGACAUGACUGGCCUGAGCGCCACCCAGAAGAAGAACCUCAAGAGGAAGCUGCGCAAACAGGAGCAAAAACAACAGGCAGCCGAGCUGAAUGACGCAAUGCAAGUUGGUGCGAGUGCAGCCAACUUGGCUUCGCGCCUGAACAAUAUGGUGGAGCAGUGGGGGAAACGGUUGGAGGAGUUUGAGGCCAACAUCUCGAAGGGGAGCAACUUGAAGCAGACUGUUGAAGCUGCGGAGAACCUGAUGACGGAAAUGCAGGAGACGCAGGAUGAGGAGGUCGGCCGCGCAAAGAAGCCCAUCAACAAGCGCGCCACAGUGCAGCAGGUGCAGGAGAGGAUAAGGGAGGCGGAGUUGACGAUUCAGAAGCAGCAGAAGGAACAGCAGAAGCUAUUAGGGCAACAGGGGAAGGUCGGCGCUGAGGAGAGGCAGGAGGCAGCUGCGGUGUUGCAGUCUCGCCUCGAGGAGUCUUUGCGCUACAUAACACACCUCAAGGAGCAGUUGGUUUUGACGCAGCAGCAGAGUGACCUGCGUACAUUCCAGCAGCAGGUUGCGGACCUGAGGAGGUCUCUUGAGCAUAUCAUUAAGCAGGCUCGCAAGGCCGCGCAACAGACAGCCACAACUACAGACAACCGCCGUGUGCAGCUGUUGCGGAGAAGGCUGAAGGAGGUGGGGGCGACCCGUCCCGAUGAUGGGGUAGUUUCUCCUCUGGCAACUGUUAAUGUCUCGUUGCCUCCUGAGUCUAACUACAUCCUGUUGACCCCCCAAGGUCAGCCAUCCUUGUUACUGCGCAAGGUGGAACGCAAGUUCAGUGUGGUGACGGAGAAAAAGGGGGCAGGUGAUCGCGGAGUCACUCUCAGCAUCAUCUCAUACUCCCCAGAUGCAUGCGAACAAUGUGCAGCUUUCUUGAGAGCAUGCAACUUCCCUCAAGUCCCGCUGGGUCUGAGCACCUCACCGAACUGUGUUUCCCUUGAGGGGCAGAAUAUAGGUGCCUUCAUCGGCAGCGGUGGCGCCAACCUCCGCCGUCUGGAGGCCGAGUUGGAUGUUCUCCUCUGGGUAGAGGACACGUGGAUUACCGUUUUGGGGCAUGAACCCGCUGUCAAGCAGGCAAUUCCCCGCAUCAAGGAGUCGCGGUCGCCUCCAUCGGCAAGCGACGCCUCUGUGCCUCAGCACAAAUGCGAUUUCGAGGCGGAAGUUGUUCGCGCGAUGGCUCAAGGCACUUCGAAGACGCGGGCGAAGAUCCAGGAAGUGGAGAGUUCUUUAGGAGUGACUGUGUUCGUGAGGCCGCUGCGUCGCGGUGACACGAGCAAGACAGCUUCUGUGGUGGUGAGGGGCUCAGACCCAGAAGCAUGCAAGAAGGCCUGUGCAAGUCUGGAGAAAACCUUCAAAGAAUUCGCAUCCGAAGCUGUAGAGUGCGAUAGACUCAAGGCCAACAGGAUCCUUCGUGGGGCUGCCGUGGACUUCUCUCACAUCCAGGGAUAUGAACUGAUCUCCUUGCUGCGGUACGACGAUGGAGUGCUGUUGGUGGGUCCUUCAAAGGCACUUCCAGCAGCAGCCGAAGCGUUGCGUGCAGCUAUGGAUCAGCUCGCCCGUGCGACGGAAUCUGUGGAGAUAAAGUCAACACAGUUGCGCAUUCUGGACCGCGCGAAGAGGGGCGAAAUCGAGAGCCUUAGCGGCGCUUCUUGCAGGCCACCCGUUGAUGAUGGAGAGAAUGCCACCCUGACAUUCACGGGCCAUCCUGACGCCGUGCAGAAGGCGCUAGACUUGGUGCGGCAAACGCUGGAGGAGCUGAAGGAGGUGGAGAUGAAGUUGUCGCUUGCUGCUGCUCUCCUCUUCCUUGCGGAAAGGACCCAUCUUGAGCUUGAGGAGGAGCUUGGUGUGCGCAUUCGCGUGGAUGUACCGAGGAAUAUGCUUCUUGUGCGCGGCGGAGUGGACAACUACGACGCCAUUGAAGAGGCAAUCAAGAAGGUGGAAGAUGAAAUCACUAGCAGUGGCAAGGUAGCUACGACUAUGGCGGUCCCCCGAGAGGCGGUGCCUAUGAUUCUGGGCCGCCAUGGUGCCAAUGUCCGUCGUCUGCAAAGCGAUUGCAACUUAGACAACAUCGUCAUAGAUGGCCGCCCGCAGGCGGUGUAUCUGUUGGGUUCCCAAGCUGCAGUUGAUCAGGCCAUGACAAUGCUGAAGGAUAUCGUUUCGAAUAGCACCGGCGGACGGGCACAGAAUGGGCUGGACGGAGGUAACAGGCGCCCAAGAGUAGGUGGCAGAGGAGCAGGUCGCGGAGAGAGAGUUGAUGGGGGGGCACGCGUGGAAGAUGCGGGCGCCUCUAGGAAACGAGGUGGUGGUGCCAAGCAGGCGGCGCCUCCCAAGCCCUACAACGCGAAUGUAGACGACGAAACAGCGUUCCCCUCGCUGGGUGUUUGCAUGGCGCGUCCGGGUGGCCGCUGGCAGAAGAAGUCACCAGCCCCAGAAGGUGCAGCAGCGGAGCCGCCUGCAGAGGCGAGCAGUGAAGCUGUAGCAGCGGAAGCAGAGGAGGAGUUCGCUGGCGUUGACGAAGAUCGCGGCCGCUUAGCCAGGCUGAGCAGCAGCGAAAAAAGGAAGCAAUGCAUCAUUUUAGAAGUAUUGGGUAUUCCAGUAGAACUGACGAAGCUUCAGCAGAUGACAAACAGCCCGCCUCCGCUGCUCGAUACUCGCGCAGCUCCUUUUUGUCGCUUCUGGCGGCCGCAGAAACCGGCCGAGUCAAUUGCUUACUGCGUUCCCCCGAAAAUUCAGUGUGCACAGUGUGUAGCGCUUUCAAGUCAAUAUUGCUCUAGUUGCUCGUAA